UUUUAAACAAAUAUUGUUUAAAACAAUAGCGUCAUAUAAAGAAAUAUGAACAUACUUGAAGCAGCAUUGACAGAAUGAGUUCGCUGAACGUUUGCAGUCAGAGGGAAAAGACCUGUCCUCCUCAAAGUCAACAAAAGGUACGAUUCUACUGAAGCGAUAGUUAACACCCUGAUAAAUAAAUUUAAUCUCUUGCCUUACCUCCGAUACUGGUUGACUCUUGAGAAUGGUGCCAUUGUUGAUGACCUCAAGUUUAUUGACAAAGACGAUAUCAUAAUCAUUGAACCAUUUGCUACUCCAUAUCGGCCUUUCCCAAUGAAGGCCAAGAAAAUUAAAAAAGAAAAGGAAAAACUGGAAAUUGAUCCAGGUAUGAUGGGUCUUUAUAACCAACCAAACUAUUUCUUUCAGCCUCAGAAUCUUCCUAGUUUAAACAAAGUACAGGAUAUGUAUUGAUAUGGACAGCCGAUGACACCUGCCCUGCCUUGUAACCCAUAUGCGAUAAACGAACCUCAAAACCUUGAAAAGAAUAAGAAUAGUGAAGGGCAGCGUCAAGAACAUCUUCAACAAAAGAUGCCAGAAAUAGACGACAAUUUUAAGCUAGAUCCGCCUCAAAACAUUGAGAUUUCUAAUCAAAAAUGCUUUGACAAGGUCGGAGAUAGACUUUACUACGAACAACCUUGGGGAGGAUAUGAGUUAGUUGAUCCACACAACAACCAAAUUGACCUCGGACCUAAACCAGCCCCUGUCAAUUUCAACGACUACACCUGACAACAAAUUUUUGAUGCUCUCGAUUCCAAAUUCUUGGAAAGAGAUGACUUAAUAGAAAGAGUCAGGGACGAGUCUAAAAGGCAUGGCUUCAACAUCUGAAUUCCCCGAGGAGAUUCAGUCCUAAAUGAUGGAACAACUCAAAUCACCUUGUACUGUGAUAAAUAUGGCUCCAAACGUAAGAGGACCCAGCAUUGCAAAGAAAGAUACUCUAAGAAGACUAACUGAAAAUGGAAGAUUAAGUUUCAAAAAUUAAGUGGGUAUAAGCAUUAUGAGCUAGUCAAAGGAGAGGUUGAGCCUCAUAAUCACUACUUGAAUCCAGAUCUCGCCAACCAGGUGAAACCAGUGAGGAGAAAAUCAUUCUCAUUGUUUGGAGGUUCGAAAUCAGCUAGCAAAAAGAAUCUCAAAAAGCUAUUAAAACAGUCAUCAUACGAUUUUGAUAAACAAGAAAGUGAGGAUAUCAUUGAAGAGAACAAAAGCGAAACUCCAAAGAAGACAUUUCAGGAACAAAAUCCUAUCAAUUUCGCUCCUGUCAGAAACUUUUAUACGAAUGAGGAUUUAAUCCACCCAAAUUAUCCUAACUAUCCUCAAUAUCCGAUGAUGUAUCCGAUUCAAAAUCCUUCAAAUGUUUUCCGAAAUAGAUACGAAUCAUUACCGAUCCAAAGAAUGCCUGAAAUGCCUCCUGAUCUUGAUUUAGAUAUAAAUUCAGAAGAAAACAUUCAAAAACCAUUAUCCCAGGAAGUGCCUUUAUUCAAAGAGGAAGAAGAUCUUCGAGCAAACGAUCAGCCUAGUCAGUUCAACAGUCAGGACUCAAUACGGGAAAAGACAAAAGAUACCACAGAUCUUCAGAUGUUUUGAUUAAACACUCAGGAAAGAUAUCUUGAACAAAAUAUAAACCAAAACACUCAAUUUGACUUCCCUCAAAGCAAGUCAAAGCCAUCAUCGCGAGGAUCUGAUGAUAUCAGUCAAGAAGCAGCUCUAAGCUGAGAAAUGGAUCCGCUUAACAUGGACGAUAUAGACACAAAGAGCGUCUCUGUGCUAACAGAAUUGUUCCAAGACUAUGAGCCCACUAAAACACAAAACUCAAUGGUGGACUAGUUUAGUUCA